CCUGCUGCAGACCCACACACGCGCACAGACUCUCUCUCUCUCUCUCCGUUGCUCAGUCGCGCUCUCUCCUGUUCAGCACAUUCGCGCCUCUACUGGACUUGGCUCAGGCUGUCUCCUCGGCAAGGAAGAAAAUACAGGCGGGCAGACAGACAUACACACGCGCGACGCGCACAUACGAAACACUCCACUCAUUCGGCUUCGGUCCGUGGGAGAGCCUUCAAUAAAGACGUGCCUUUAAGGACUGAAGUGGCGCUGUCACACGCUCGCAUACAAAGCGCAUACUAGAAACACGCUCUCUCUCACACACACACACGCACACAGGCAGGCAGGCAGGCAGGCAGGCAGGCACACACACGCGCAAGGCACCCAGCUCUGUGCGCACACUCCCUCCCAGAGACACACGCGCACAGCGACCGCGAGAGAGGAGCAAACAGUCUCUCUCUCUCUCUCCUUCCCUCCUUCUCUCUCUCUCUCACUCGCUCUAGCUCUCACCCUCCCCUUACUCACUCACUCACCCUCUCCCUCCCUCUUGCUCUCUCUCUCUCUCUCUCUCACUCUGUCUCUCCCUCCCUCUCCCUCCCAUCUCCACACACACACUCACACACAUUACACACAUACACACUCCACACACACACGCACUCUCUACACCCAGUAUAUCAGCCAGUGCCUAGCGGAGAGGCAGAGGGGAGAGCAGAAAUGAAUGUGAAGAUCCUAACGCUGGUGAUGGUGCUGGUGCUAUCUCUGCUGUGCUCAGCCAGAGCUGGUCCAAUGGCCUCCACGGAGCACAGUAAGGGUGUGGAGGAGGCGGGCACGGCAGCACAACAACAGAACCCAGCAGUUCAGCAGAACCCAGCCAGAGGGGGGAGGAGCCAAAGACCCGGCUUGAAGAGGAGACGCCCAAGGCCCCUGCGGCCCCGUCUCUCUCACAAGGGGCCCAUGCCCUUCUAGAGCAAGGCACGGCUUUGCGCACCAUCCCCAAGGUUCUGAUCUAAUGCUCUUCCUUUGCCUUGGGGGGGGGGAGCCUUGCUACUAUGAAACGGGGCCUUCGCCUGCCCCAAAAUCUGAAGAGUGAUGUCCAUAGCACCUGCUGGUUCUUCAAGCAACUCUUCUUCUGUCCACCUACAAACCAGGACGAGACACUCUCACCUUCAAGCUC